AUGAAGUACGGCGAGACGCUGCGCCAGCGAUCCAUCCCGCAAUGGGGCCCGUAUAACGUCGACUACGACGAGAUUAAGCACCUCAUCAAGGAGCACACCACCCCCGGCAAUGGCAAAGCCGUGUCCAUUCCCGGCCAGCCAGACGUGAACCGCAACCAAUUCGAGGACCAGCUGUUCGACAUCCUCUCCGGCGAGCAUCAGCGCAUCGACCUUUUUGUGCGCAGCAAGUCGGGCGAAAUCGAGCGCCGUCUGCACCAUGUAACGAAGCAGAUCAACCAAUUCACCCUUCGUGAGCGUGCCACCUCUCCGGGUGACCGAAACAUAUCCGAGAGGCGCCGGCAAAAGUAUGGCAGGAUAGAGGGUGAUGUCUUGAGGGCGGGUGAGGAAAUCCGGUCGCUGGCCCGAUUCGUCGGCGCACAGCGCCUUGCAUUCGCGAAGCUGCUCAAGAAGUACAAGAAAUGGACGCAUUCCGACUUGCUGGAGCAGCGCUUCAAGCAGGAGGUGCUGAGCCAGCCCGGAACCUUCUCCCAGACUGACCUUGCCCCGUUGCUGAACUAUUGGAGCGACACGCUGCAUGCUGUGCGAGAAGCCUACCAAGCCGGCCAGGCCCCUAAAACCCCCAAAAUUGCCCUCAGCGACGAGGAUCCAAUCGAUUCCGCUGUAUCGGCCGAUCUGAAGACUGUGCCACCCAGAAUCCAUGCUGCAGCCGAAUCCGCGAAUGAGGUGGAUCUUGACACUGCUCUAUCUACGCUUCCGCUGGGGCCGUCGGGAGCUCGGGCGACUUAUUGGGUGCAUUCGGAGCAGAUUGUCGAGAUUCAAAUUCUACUUCUCCAGACGUUGCGGCUCUUCGAAGGCAAGCUCACCAAAUCUCAGCCUACCUCUCCCUUUGAGACCCCAAAGCGGCGGGAUUCUUCUGAGAGACUGGAUAGUCUCAAUGACAGGGCAGAUGACGUUGGUGCUAUCUUCAUCGAUGACUCGGAGAGAUAUGCCCAGCAGCGAAGUGCUACUACCGUCGAAGAUACGGAAGAAACGCCCGGGAAGCCUGCAGCUCGCGUCUUGGGAAGUGCUCGUUGGAAUGCUGGUGGUGAAGCCGCUGUCUGUGUGCCGUGUGAACUCAAUCCGGAGAACAGCGGAACAACCGUGUGCGCUAAGCUUAAACGCAAGCAUCUCAGUGAUUUCCUCACUCUGGACAAACCGUUCCAUUCUCGGAGGCCGUCUGGCUUGUCGCCCAUUCAAGAAAAUGUCUCCCAGUCCGAUAUUUCCGAGCGUGACCCGGCCGAUGAUCUUCGCUCGUGGCUUUCAUCUCACAGGAACUUUCGUCCAAUCGCCGGAGUCUGCGCAAAGCGCAGCCGCUUCGUUGGCAUGGAUAACGACCCAGAUCACGGUGUUUGGGCAACGUUGGAUCGAGAGAUUUAUUUAAAGUCGCCUGAUUUAUCUGAUUUGGCCGAGAAUGACUGGCCCAAGAAAGGGAGGCAGGGUGCAACUGCCUUUCCUUUCGCCGUCUUAGAGAUUCGUUGUGAAGGAGCGCAGACGAACGACCUCAUCCAUACACUCGACCACAGCCAUCUUACCGAGCGCAUCCGAGGCUUCUCACUGGAGGCACAUGCCAUCUGGACUUGUUGCAAGCCAUCUGCUAUGCAGCCUCCGUACUGGCUUCCGACGCUAGAGCGUGACAUCAGAAAAGUUCCGGCAGCCGUACCAAAGCACCAUUCCCGUUGCCAAAGUGCGACUGCGCAUCUCGAAACCGGCAGCUCCCGGCAGACAUCGGUAUCGAAUUCCUCCGUAACAGACGGCCAGACUAGUCGCUACACGACAUUGCACGGCGAAUCAUCUGCGACGUCCAUGAAUGAAAUCGAACCCUCUCCGCCGGGCGCCUCUAAGAAACAAAGGCGCUCGAACUUGCGAGACUUCACCAUGGGCGACCAACAGGAGUCCCGCCCCAGCGUUCAGGGUUACUGGAACGAGUACGACAAUCCAGAAGACGGCGAGGAGGAAGACGCCUACGUGAUUUACGUAGACCCGUUCGAAUCCCCCAAGCUUCCGGGACAAGAAACUCUCAGCAAGCUCUUCGUCAAGCUCAAAAACGCUAUCGGGUCACGCCGCAGACCGUCAGAGCACGACUCGCUCCUUGCUUCACCCACAGCACACAGCGUUGAAGAUAGCGACGAUGGAGAGCCGAGCUCCCCCGCACGCGCUCGGACCCGCGACUACGGCACCAUGUCUGAUAACCCCAACAACCGAAAUGCCACGGGCAAGUCCAAUCGGUCUGAUCGCCGCAGCCGCCUCCUUGACCUCUUCCGUCCAAGUGACACCCUCACCGAAGCGCGCUGGAGCUACCGUCCCAGUCCGGUACAGACAUUGGGGGCCAAUCCGUCUGACCUGAAUGAACUCCUUGCAGACCUCGAGCAGCGUCGCGCCGAGCGGGAAGCGACCAAAUUCCGACUCUGCAUGACUUCGCUGGCUGCAUCGGUCAUAGUCCUGCUCAUUACCUGGACACUCGCAGCAACGAGCCGGAAGAAGCUUCGCAGGGAAGUCAAUGUCAUGGUUGUAGUUGGUGUGGUUGCCAACCUGGUCUUCGCCAUCACUGGCGUGCUUUGCGCACGGCAGUUGUGGCUGCGGUAUGUGUAG